AGUCUUGCAGAGAACAAAGUUCAAAAUCGAUCUAACGACCAUUCCGCGCUUGCAAUGGGAUUUUCUAAUACUAAAGACUCUCCACCCAGCCUGAUAAGCAGUAGUGGCCCUUGUUACGAACGGCUUCGCAGUGACUUCCCUCGGGCUCUUCUUUCUGUAGCGCAGGCGCCGCGGCAAUAGGUCUUGAACUGAGGCCAGAGAAGGAGGGAGGAACUUGUGUGUUGUGGAACCCUCGUCCCAUAGUCAGAAGUUCUCUCGGGACGGAUAGGCUUCUUAGUUGAGCGGUUUCCGGAGUUUCCUGUUCCGCUCCAUGUGAGACCUGGACUGGCCAAGAUGUCGGAGAAGAAAAGUUUACGGGGUAGGCGCCAGCAGACACUGGAGCACUGUCUGAAGGAGCUAGGCACUUCCACGGCUCACCCGGAGCAGUUCCUCACUGUUCAAGAUGGAUUGGCUAUAAAUUUUACAUCUUUAACAAAAGCACUUUAUGAUUUACAUAAAGCAUUGAAGACUGAUGUCAUUCUUGGGAGCCCUCUAAAAGAAUUGGUGAUAGAAAACUUUGAUGAUGAGCAGAUUUGGCAGCAACUAGAAUUGCAGAAUGAACCAGUUUUACAGUACUUUAAGAAAGCUGUUAAUGGAAACGUUAAAGACAAGGAACUCUCUCUUCUCCCCGAGAGUGAAGAGGUUGACUCAGAGAUGGAUAUUGAUGAGGAGGAAAUAGAACAGAAUUUAGAGCUAGAGCAAAAGUCAGAUCUAGGUAAUGAUGGUCUUAAAGAAGAAAUUAAGAGAAAUAAAAAGUUAUAUAAAGUUGAGGUAGAGAAAAGUUCAGAUUUUAGUGAUGAGGAUUCUGACCUUGACUUUGAUAUUGAUAAACUGGAACGUCAAAACAAGAAGCCAAAAGUAUUUAUUAAAUCAAAAGAGAAAUCCAUAGUAGAUGAUAAAUUUUUCAAAUUGUCUGAAAUGGAGUCCUUUUUGGAAGAUAUGGAAAAAGAGGAGAAAGAAAAAAAGGAAGAUGAUGAAGGUGACGUUAAUUAUUUUGAAGAAAUUAUUUCUGAUGAAGAUGGUGAACUAUUUACAGACUCUCCAAAAAAAGUAAAGUCAGGUAAAAGUUCCAGAAACCUAAAAUACAAAGAUUUCUUUGACCCGGUUGAAAGUGAAGACACAGCAAGUGAUAAUGAUGAACUGGGUCAGGAUGAAGAUGAAGAUGAGGAUAAGGAUACUGAUCUCGAAGAAGAGGAAGAAAUUUCUGAAGAGGAUGAAGAUGAUGAAACUGAAGAAAAUGAGAAUAAACAACAUGAAGUUGGGAAAAGAGUAACCUUUGCUUUGCCUGAUGACAAAGAAACCAAAGACACAGAUAUUUUCAGUGAAAAGAAUACUUCUGAUGGAGUAAAAUCCUCUUUUGAGCAAAGACAGGAGAAGAUGGCAGAAAGAAUUAAAUCUUUAGAGAAAGAGUUGUUGGAACAGAAACCCUGGCAGCUUCAAGGGGAAGUGACAGGACAAAAAAGACCAGAAAACAGCCUUCUAGAAGAAACAUUGCACUUUGACCAUGCAGUCAGGAUGGCACCUGUGAUUACUGAGGAAACCACUUUGCAACUUGAGGAUAUCAUCAAACAAAGAAUAAAAGAUCAGGCUUGGGAUGAUGUAGUACGUAAAGAAAAACCAAAGGAGGAGGCAUUUGAAUAUAAGAAGCGUUUAACAUUAGAUCAUGAAAAGAGUAAAUUGAGCCUUGCAGAAAUUUAUGAGCAGGAGUACCUCAAACUUAACCAGGAAAAGAAAGAAGAAGAAGAAAACCCAGAGCAUGUAGAAAUUCAGAAGAUGAUGGAUUCACUCUUUCAAAAACUGGAUGCUCUUUCUGACUUUCAUUUUACACCUAAGCCUCCUGUUCCGGAGGUUAAAAUUGUCUCUAAUCUUCCUGCUAUAACUAUGGAGGAAGUAGCGCCAGUACAUGUUAGUGACGCAGCACUCCUAGCUCCAGAGGAAAUCAAGGAGAAAAAUAAGGCAGGGGACAUAAAAACAGAUGCAGAGAAAUCUGUCACAGACAAGAAACGAGAACGAAGAAAGAAGAAAUAUCGUAAGCGUAUGAAAUUAAGAGAAAAGGAAAAACGGCAAAAAAUGUUAGCAAAAACUAAGCCUGAACAGUCUACAAAAUACGACAAAGCAGAAGCAUCUGCACAAUUAAAGAAACUAACUAAAGCAGGCAAAGCUUCUAUACUAAAGGAUGAAGGUAAAGACAAGGCCUUGAAGUCAUCUCAAGCAUUCUUUUCUCAAUUACAAGAUCAAGUGAAAAUGCAAAUACAGGAUGCCAAGAAAACACAAAAAAAGCAGAAGAAGAAAAAAGAAAUUUCUGUUCAUAAACUCAAGCUGUAACAUAUUUUAUCAUAAUGUAAAUGUUAAACUAAGCAAAUACUGAUUUCAUCAUCCUGUUUCUUAAUAAAAUUUUGGAUAUAUU